CUCACUCUGCCUCUCUGAUUUCCAUCGCACUUUCUGGAUCUCUCCUUCUUUGUGACUGAACGUUCUAGGAGAGUGAAGAAGGCAGGAAGGGAGUGUUUAAGGGCCCGUGACCAACCAGGAGAGGGCCAGAAGAACAACUGUUCAAUUCCGAAGAGGAGUUCUGUAAAGAGUGCAGAUCAGACGAGCAUGGCCUUGCUGUGUUAUAACAGAGGCUGCGGCGAAAGGUUCGAUGAGGAGAACAACACAGAUGAUGCCUGUUGUUUUCACCCUGGAGUGCCCAUCUUCCAUGAUGCCCUGAAGGGCUGGUCCUGCUGUAAGAAGAGAACAACAGACUUCUCAGAGUUUCUCUCGAUCAAGGGUUGUUCCCGAGGACACCACAGUAAUGUGAAGCCUGAGGAGCCGCUCAAGCCCGAGUGUACAUCUGACAAAGGAGAGCAGAAGCUCCACAGCAACGAGGAGAUCAUCUACCAGGGCCCCAAAUCUGCCGAGGCUCUGCAGAGAGAGAGACCUAGCUCUGAUGAACCGAAGUCCAGGCUGAAUGUAAUGGUGUCUCCUUCUCUGACCCAGAUCAUAGAGAAAAUGGAGAUCAGUGAGAAGGAGAAACAUGAAAAGCUCGAGAGCCAGGGUACCAUCGUGGGGACGAGGUGUAAAAACUCAGGAUGCAAAACAAUGUACCAGGGUCCAGAGACGAAUGCUGAGGUUUGUACACAUCACCCUGGAGCACCGGUCUUUCACGAAGGAUACAAGUACUGGAGCUGCUGCUGCAUAAAGACCAUCGACUUUAACGCUUUCCUGGAUCAAAAAGGCUGUACUGCAGGCAAACACUGCUGGGUCCAAAAACAGGACAAGAAGAAGGUUGCAUGUCGACAUGACUGGCACCAGACGGGCAACCAGGUGGUGGUCACCAUCUAUGCCAAGAACGCCAACCCUGAGCAUUCCUAUGUGGAGGCCAACCGCACAGUGCUGACGUGCCAUAUUCAGUUUGAGAAUGACAAGGAGUUUCACAAGGACUUCUACCUGUGGGGGGUAGUGGAUGUGAAGAGCAGCAUUGUGAACAUGGUGCCUUCUAAAGUCGAAGUGACAUUAAAGAAGGCCAACUCUGUAGCUUGGGGUAAACUGGAGGACACCAAACAGAUACCAGAACCUCAGGCCACGGAGACCAUCAGCACCUCGGAGCAGGAGACUAAAGAAGAGGAGAAACCAGACUGGUACAUUUCGGACGAUGACAUUAGUGAGUCAGAUUGGGAGGAUGAUGAUGCUGAUGCUAAUGCUGGGGAGGGGGGUAAGAAAGUGGAAGAGCAGGAUGAUGAAGGUCCGCCAUUGCUGGAGGAACCCAAACCCGUUCCCCCAAAGAAAUAAACGCCAAUAAAGAUUGACAGCGAGAUUGUUUUUAUAGUGUGACAGGAGGGGUUGGAUGUGCAUUGUCGUGUAUUGUGAAAUAAAUACAAAUAAUAUGAAUUGUGUAAUACAAAUAAUGCUUUGAAAAUGGUGUUCUCAGGCUCUGCACAUUAUCUUAAAAUUAUGUAUGAAUUGGUUAUUUUUCCAUAACAGUCCAUUCUAAAGUGUUUUGUUUCUCCUAUCCCAGAACAAUUCUCCAACGAUUACAAUUAUAAUUUAUUAAUAAACAUCUUCAUGAU